UGAUCAGUCGCAAAUCUUAUACAGCUGAAGGCCUCACUCAGUUCUCAUUACUUUCCCAAGAGCUUAAUUCAACAAACAUUAAUGGAGAGAAAGGCUUCUUCAUUAAUGGCUGAUUUUCUCUUAAUUGCAGCUUUAGUUGCUAUAUUUUGUUCACUAUCUCAAGCUGAAGUUAAAGGUUCAUUUGAUGACAAUUUUAGUAAAAGUUGUCCUGAAUCUCACUUCAAGACUUCUGAAGAUGGACAGAUCUGGUAUCUCUCCUUAGACCACAAAGCAGGAUGUGGAUUUAUGACAAGGCAGAAAUACAGAUUUGGUUGGUUUAGCAUGAAGUUGAAAUUAGUUGGAGGUGACUCUGCUGGUGUUGUGACAGCUUAUUAUAUGUGCACAGAAGAUGGGGCAGGGCCAACAAGAGAUGAGGUGGACUUUGAGUUUUUGGGAAACAGAACAGGGGAACCCUAUCUUAUUCAGACCAAUGUGUACAAGAAUGGCACUGGUGGGCGUGAGAUGAGGCAUGUUCUUUGGUUUGACCCUACUGAGGACUUCCAUUCCUAUUCCCUUCUUUGGAACUCUCACCAGCUCGUGUUUUUCGUGGAUGAGGUUCCGAUAAGGGUAUACAAAAACGCGAAUUAUACGAACAAUUUCUUCCCUAAUGAGAAGCCAAUGUACUUGUUUUCGAGCAUAUGGAAUGCAGAUGAUUGGGCAACUCGGGGUGGUUUGGAGAAAACAGAUUGGAAAAAUGCACCAUUUGUUUCAACAUAUAAAGAUUUCAGUGUAGAUGGUUGUCAAUGGAAAGAUCCUUUUCCUUCUUGUGUUUCAACCACCACUGAAAACUGGUGGGAUCAAUACAAUUCUUGGCAUUUAUCAAGUGACCAGAAAUUGGAUUAUGCUUGGGUACAAAGAAACCUUGUGAUUUAUGAUUAUUGUCAGGAUACAGAGAGAUAUCCAGAAAAGCCUGAGGAGUGUUGGUUAAGUCCCUGGGAUUAAUUGACCAAAAUAUAGAUAUAGUAUUCUUUUGUGAGAUGAAAGAAAUUAUUGUUUCAAUUUUGAGUUUGAGGUGUAGAUGCAGUAUCAUUUUGUCAUGCGUAUUUGAUUAUCAUUUAUUUCAUUAAUUUUAGCCUUCAUUUUUGGGUCGAAA